GGACCAAAAUGGCCCAAUCGCGGAAGUGGGUAGCUGGUGAAACGUCACCGUCCUUGACUGUAGUUUAGACUACCAGAAAAGUAACAUAAAUAGAAGCAGUUGAUUAUUAGAGCAUGUUAAAGAACUCCUUCUAACUUUGUUGACUACAUAUUUAAAGUAUGUUUAAAAACUGGGGCACGUGGCUUGGUAUAGAAAACGAAAAUGGACAAGUUAAACAAGAAGGCGAGGCUGUUGUCGAUGCUGAAGACAAGAAUCAGGAAAUAAACAAACUGACAGCUGGAGCUGAAACUGAGCAAACCGGUGCUGUUGAGAUAGAUGCUCAAUCCACCCAACUUCUCCAAAAAGCCAAGGGCUUCAGUGGUUAUAUUUAUGAUUUUGCCAGUAAUGCUUCAAAGAAAUUGUCCGAGUCUGUCGUUGAAAAAGCACAAACAUUUAAAAAAAGUGUGGAGGAGGGGAAAAUUAAUGGUUUUAUUGAUAAGACCAUUUUGGGUGAUUUCCAGAAAGAACAAGAAAAGUUUGUUCAGGAGAAAAAAGCAAAAAAGUCUAGUGCUGCUGUACCACCAUGGGUUGGUUAUUUUGAAGAGGACACCAUACAGCAACAGAUUUUAGCUCUCUCGGCUGACAAAAGAAAUUUUUUGCGAGAUCCUCCAUCAGGGGUGCAGUUUCACUUUGACUUUGAGCAGAUGUAUCCAGUUGCCAUGGUGAUGCUGGAGGAAGAUGAGCUCCUCAGGAAGAUGCGUUUCCAUCUGGUCCCCAAACAGGUGAAAGAGGAAGUCUUCUGGAAGAAUUACUUCUACCGUGUGUCCUUGAUAAAAAAGUCGGCUCAGCUCACAGCUCUAGCAGCACAACAGGCUCUUGAGAGGAGAGAUGUCUACAAAGCUGGUUGCAGUCCUGAAGAUCCUCAUCAGAAAGAUGUAGUUAAACAGAAAACUCCCUCUGCCAUCAACAGCUCCAAAACAAAGUCAAGGGAGGGUGAUGGUGAAAUCUCCACAAGCCCGCCUGUUUCUGAAUUUGUGAGCGAUGCUUUUGACUCAUGCAAGAUUAAUGAGGAGGACCUUUGCAAAGAAAUGGAACAGCUGGUUCUGAACAAGAAGGAACAUCCAAAGACACUACAUGAGGAGACUGUGGACUGGGAGAGAGAGUUACAGAAGGAACUUCAGGAGUAUGACGUGUUGGUUGAUAACGAGCACUAUGAUGACAGCUGGGACAGAGAGAUUGAAGAGAUGUUAAAGGAGGACAGUUAGAAUAAUUAAACAACCUACCCCAGCCUUAACUGUUUGAAGGACAUGUUCAGUGGUCAGAAACAGCACCUGGCUACGUAGGAGAUUACAUCAUUAUAGUAUUGGUCUUGUAAGAACUCUCCAGAUGGAAAAUUACCUCUGAAUAUCCUUAACAUUUCAGUAUGCUAUUUCUGUGACCUGAGUUUUUGUAGGUAAAUAUUUUGUAUUGUCUCUGGUACUGAAAAGAAGAGGCAGUCCUGCAUCUAAAAAAAUGAAUAAAAUAGCAACACCAGUGAGUAUAUUGAGUUGAGCAAGGGUGCAUUUUAUAGCUUAAGAAUUUAACUAUUAAUUUGUAAGAGGAAAAAUAUGCUGUAAUCGGAUACAAUAGUCUAAAGUCAAAGGUUCAGUAUGAGGUAUAAGCUUUACAGACCUGUUUUGUUGUGCACCUUACUGGUGCCAGUUGUCUGCUGCAGAUGAACCAAAUGAAAUGAUAUUUUCAUUCCAUUUUGGAUCAUUUAAAUGUGAGCCACAUGAACAAGUGUGGUAUAUUUGGGAACUAAGUUCAUCCUGUGACUGAGUGAACGCCUGUGUGUUUGUAAUGCCUGUUUGUUUAAAAAAUAUCCACUUGUGCUACAUUAUAAAGGUGUUGCUUUAUUGU